CCCACCACCCGUGCUCGGGCUUCCGACGACUCUCCCCCCACCGAAGCUAGGGUUUCCGACUACGUGUGGCCGUCAGAAGCCCCAGCACCUCGUUAUCGCCGUCGACUCCUCCAACUCUUCAAUCUCUCUCUCUCUCUUCCCUCUCUCUAAUUUCUAUUCCUCUCGCAUUGGAUCUCUGAGAUUUAAGAAGCUUCGAGCUUGUAGCAGAGUCUAGAGCUCCUCACCGAAUGCUGCUCCGUCUGUCAUUGCCCAUCUGAAGUGAAAGAGGUAGGUGAGAGAAGCCAGAGAAUCCUCCUCUAUUGAGACAUGCAAGGUGGCGACUCUUCCACUGAAUCUCGGAACUUUCACAUUCGGAGACUAGAGAUCUCGGACAAAAGCAAAGGUUUCAUAGAGCUCCUACAGCAGUUGAGUGUUUGCGAUUCGGUAUCUGAUGAGGAGUUCAAAGAGCGGUUUCAAGAGCUGAGCUCUCUGGGUGAUGACCACGUGAUCUGUGUGAUUGAGGACAUGAGCUCCGGAAAGAUAGUUGCCACCGGGAGCGUCUUCAUCGAGAAGAAGUUCUUGAGAAACUGCGGCAAAGUCGGGCAUAUUGAGGAUAUCGUGGUCGACAGCAAUGCUCGGGGAUUGCAAAUAGGGAAGAAGGUAGUGGUUUUUCUGACCGAUCAUGCUCGUGCAAUGGGGUGCUAUAAGGUGAUUCUCGAUUGCAGCACUGACAACAGGGCUUUCUACGAGAAGUGCGGCUUCAAGCAGAAGGAAGUUCAGAUGGUUCAGUACCUUAUUUAAGACCGAUUUCAGAGUCUAUAGCUCGGAUGAAAUCAAUUUGUUAUUACUGUUUGUAGAGCAAAGCUAUGCUUUCCCUUUGUACUGCACAGUUUUCUGCACUCUUACCUGUUACUCCAUGCAAGAUCAACUCUUUCAAUACGCAA